GUCCACAUUUUACACCGUACUUUGCCGCUGGACACAGUAUUGGAUUUUGUGCUAAGCUGGCUGUGCGCUCGUGGCUCCUCAGAGACCAACUAAAGGAUAGUCAGUCAGCAGAAGUGUUGGGAAGACGUUUUCUUUUUCGCUUCCAACAUUUUAAUAGUUCAGGGAGAGAAAUAAACCUCGCUGACAGUGAAAUUAGUCUUCUUUUUCCCGCCCUCCCUCUUCGCCUUCCUUUUCUGUUUCCAAAAUUAAAUUAAUAUGCGGGGGUGGAGGAGGCGUCCUGAGGAGGAACUGAUGCCAAUUAUACGAGGCGGUGCAAUCUGCGUCUGAGAGAAGUUUGACUGCGCAUCGUCGUGUGUGGAAUGGGCGAUGGAAUGUGCUACAGCUUUGCAAUGAGACGUCUUUGGUUCUGUGUUCUGCUUUUGAGCAUCACCUGCCGUCUGGGCCUCACCCAGGAUGUAACUGGAACUCCCAAAGAGGCGGAAUUAAAUGACAACAUCACCAUCUUCACUCGCAUCCUGGAUGGACUGCUCGAUGGUUAUGACAACCGACUUCGCCCUGGACUGGGAGAGAAGGUGACGGAGAUCAAAACCAACAUCUUUGUUACGAGCUUUGGUCCAGUCUCAGACACUGAAAUGGAAUACACCAUUGAUGUAUUUUUCCGUCAAAGCUGGAAAGAUGAGAGACUUCGCUUUAAAGGCCCGAUGGAGAUGCUGCCCCUGAAUAACCUCCUAGCCAGCAACAUCUGGACCCCCGACACCUUCUUUCUAAACGGGAAGAAGUCCAUCGCACAUAACAUGACCACACCUAACAAGCUCCUGCGGCUCAAAGAUGACGGGACUCUUCUCUACACCAUGAGGCUCACCAUCUCAGCAGAAUGCCCCAUGCAGCUGGAAGAUUUCCCCAUGGACACCCAUGCUUGUCCCCUUAAAUUUGGAAGCUAUGCAUAUCCUGUCUCAGAGGUGGUCUACACAUGGACUCAGGAUGCAGCCAAGUCAGUGGUGGUGGCAGAGGAAGGCUCCCGGCUCAACCAGUACCAUCUGAUCGGUCAGACGGCCGGGACAGAAAACAUCUUCACCAGCCGAGGUCAAUACACAGUGAUGAUGGCUCACUUUUACCUGAAGAGGAAGAUCGGCUACUUUGUCAUCCAGACCUACAUGCCGUGCUUCAUGACUGUAAUCCUGUCGCAGGUUUCCUUUUGGCUCAACCGAGAGUCCGUACCAGCAAGAACAGUCUUUGGUGUGACCACAGUGCUCACCAUGACCACUCUAAGCAUCAGCGCUCGAAACUCCCUUCCUAAAGUGGCUUACGCUACUGCCAUGGACUGGUUCAUUGCAGUGUGCUAUGCUUUUGUCUUUUCUGCCCUCAUUGAAUUUGCCACAGUGAAUUAUUUUACCAAAAGGAGCUGGGCCUGGGAUGGGAAAAAAGCAAUGGAGGCCCAACAGCCCAAGAAAAAAGAUCCUUUAGCUCUGUCAAAAAAGCCAAACAACACCUGCUCAACUAGUGUGAAUUAUGCAGCCAACCUCACAAAGGAUGCAUCCAUCUCCACCAUCUCAAACAGCACAGCUGUUCAGCUCAAACCGUCUGAAGCCAAGGCCCCAGAACCCAAAAAGACUUACAACAGUGUGAGCAAGAUUGACAAGAUGUCCAGGAUCGUGUUCCCCGUGCUGUUUGGGACCUUCAACCUGGUGUACUGGGCUACGUAUCUCAAUAGGGAACCGGGGAUCAAAACAGAUAAGUAAGAAAUAUGAAGAGGGCCAUUCAUGCUCCUGAAAACAACUGGAACCCAAUCAAAAACAAUGCCAAGCAUUUAGUCCUUGUAUCAUAGAUGUGUUUUUUAUUUAUUUUGUUUUUAAGUCAAUUUGAGGACAUUGCAUGUGUGUUGCUUCAGGACAGUGUUGCCAUGUUUGCACUGAGUUUGUACAUGUAUGAUUAACAACCUAAAUUAAUUAGAUUAAUUAAUCAAAUCAUUUAGAACUAAGUUACUGAUUCAUUUAUUACUAAGUAUGUUAGAAUUUUAGCAUUUGGCAUUCAUAUUUUUUGUUAAGUCUCCAGUAUUUGAUAGUACAGCAAGGCCAAAUGCUAUGCAAAACAACAUUUUUACAGUGCUGUUACUGAAAAUCGGCUUUCACCUUUGUAACCCUUACGUUGUACAGUAGAAAUGGGCUGGAGGUCCAGGAAUGUUUGGCUGGACCCAGGCACAUGGAACUUUGCUUCUUUGUUGAAAGCAGACAAAUAGCCAUGCUAAAUGUGUUGCCUUCAGAGUGUGACAACUCAUUAUGAAUGCACUGAAUUUGCAAUUUCUUUUUUAUUCGAAAGCCAGGUCUAUCUUUGAUUUAAUUGUAGACCACUGUUGAUCAUUUUGCAACUUUGAUUUAGAAUAGCCAGCUCUCAUUUCAGUAAAUUUUCUAAUCUGUGUUUCUGUUUUUAUUUUAAAAGAUUACACAGGGACGUAUUUGAAGCUUAAGUAAUGUUGGCAGCUUCUGUCACCUGGUUAAGAAUCCUAUAUGUAAGAAUGGCGGUAGUUUAAGGAACUUGUAUAUACGUCCUGCUUUUAGAACAAUGCCACAAAGCCAGUAAGGUUAGCUUCAAUGUAAUGCAUAUACUGCUGCAAUGUAACACUAGUCUAGUGCUUUAUAGAGAAAUGAGCAAAGUAGUUUGAGCUUUAGUAAUUUUAAUUGAGUAUACAAAACUGUUUAAAAAUAUGAUUUUUAUUCAUUAUUUUUUAGGUAAGUCUGUUGUUUCUGUAAGCUUUGAUUACAACAUACAGAUAUAAUCUUGCUUUGCACAUAGUCACUUUUUUCCACAAAGAUAACAAACUGACUUGAGUAUAAGUAGUUAGAGACAAAAAGUCAAAAUCAUAAAAUUAUUGCAUCAGUACUAUUUUAAAAUCACAUUGUGUUGAUUAUUUUUAACUAAUAUACUUAGUUUUUCAUUAGCGUAAUGAUAAUAAGAUAAAGCCAGAUCUCAGCAUACAGCUAGCUUGGCUACGCUUAGCUUAGCUUGUCUUAGCUUAGUUUAGCGUAGCCUAACUUAGCUUUGUUGGUUUUAGCUUAGCCUAGUUUAGCAUACAGACCAGAAACUAGGUAAAAAACUUGCUCUGGAAGUUACUGUUCUUCCAUUUCAUAUGUUUUAGCUCUCACUCACAUUUUAAUGCAGGUGCCUAAACAAACUUUUAAGGUCUUUGUUUUAAAAAAUAAACCAGAAAAAGAAAUUUGCACGCAAACAUGAUUUGAAACAUUUGCUUGAUAGUUCACAUGAAACAGCAUACAGUAUGCUAUUUCAUUUCUCACAUUUAAUAAAAUAUUAUAUUGUCACAUCAUUGCUGUUGCAAUUGAAAGUUUGAGCUGGUGUGUUUGGGUUUCCAUGCAUCACAGAGGUGUGUGCGCCUCAGAAACCAGUGCUCAACCAGGUUUGCUCAGCAGAGCCACACUCGCUCCAAAACAAAGCAGUUAAAUUUACAAAUCAGUUAAAAGGCUCCUUUCCAAGAAAAGAAGAUAACUUGAAUAUUAUUAAAUAGGAAAUCCACUGUUACUGUCAUGCUGCUGAUAUUAAAGGGGGCAGAAGCACAAUAGCCAUCAAAACUAACCACAAAAUGGCAUUUUAUAAUAAAGUUAUAUCAUAAAUAAGAAAUAAUAAUCUAAAGUUAAUAAUCUAAAGUUGAUUCAAAUGGUUUUUUUUUUAUAUAAAUUAAGGAAAUUACAAUCUUGUGCCUGCAAAAAUGGUUGUGCAUCCUAGAUGUACUCACAUCCAGUAAUGUUUGUAUGUAAGAAACCCAUUUAUGUGCUCUGGUGUAGCAACAAGUUGCAACACAAUCAUUUAGGUGUUGGUUAUUUAUUUGUAAGGCACUGAUUUUGUGGAAUUAAUAUUAUUUUUAACAUUUGGACAAGUUUACCGUUUACGUCUUUAUGCUAUGCUAAGCUAAGCUAAUCCACCUCUAGCUUCAUGUCUCAUAAGCCGUUUUCAUACAUGAACACCAGAAGUUUUUUUGAAAGAAAGUUUGGACACUUUUGUCAGGUCUUUUUCUGCAGUUGCUGUUCACAUUAACUCAGCACAACAGGAGGUUUCAUGAGGUGAAGGUUUUUCUUUACAACAUGUCUAGAAGCAUGUAGCAGAUGGCAGAUAAGGCUCUUAUUUUGUUCAUAUUAGUAUUAAAUGUACAUGUAUGUAACUGCAGCAGCAGGUGAGUAGCAAGCAGCAAACAUUUCAGCAGAAAGGACAAAACUCACCAGCACACACAGAUUCACAGCAAUUGCUCCAGUGUGAUACAGUGUUUUAACCGCUGUUGAUCUGGAGAUUUUACUGGGUGGAAAAGCUUUGCAAAAAGUCUUUGUUAUUUUUACAUCUUUAGAACAUUUCAGAACUCCAGUGCAUGUGUGAAAGCAGCUUUACAGAGAUGUGAGUGUAAAACUGUGUUGCCAUUUUCCAAAUAAGUGUAAUUUAUUUAACUAAAUAAUGUCAAACUAAUGCCUUUCAGGUGGUCGUAUAAAUUAAAUCUUUGUACAUCUUUUUACACACCACUUCCUUCAAAGUUAUCAUGUGAUGUUACGCCUGCUUCACCUGCCACUCUUGAAUAAGUUGUGUCGUGUUCUUACACUUCAGUGAAUUAUAGCUACUGGCUGUGCUUUAAAAUGAAAUAUCUGAAGCAAUAAAUAAUGCUCAUAUGAAUGAUAA